UCAUUAGCGCCCGCGUGCUGCAGUAUCCGUGCGCCGCUUCACGGGUGGGUGCUGGAGCGCGGUGAAGGCUGCGUGGAGAAUCGACCGUUUGAUGCGCUGUCGGGGACGUGUGCAGACAAGGGCUUGGCUCUGUUUGCGCUGCGGAUCCAGCGGCGUGCUCGCGUCCAGGUGCUGGAGGGAAACAGGACACGCAGCACUUGGCACUCAGGUGUGAACGCGACGGCUGUCUUUAUCUUAGGGCGAGAGCGCGCGGUCAUGAGCGACUCUUCGGCCCCCGAGCAGAGUCCAGUGCCGGACCGCUCUGCCGCGGACCCGGUCCGGAACGGGCAGUGUGCCCAACAGGAGCAGAACCCACCCGGGACAGGCGACCAGGGAGACCAGUUCACCAUGAACCUGGAGCAGGAGAUGAAGAUCUGCGACAGCGUGGAAGGACAAGGCUUGUUGGAAAGCAGCAUGCGGCUGAAGCCCCAUGAAGCACAGAGCUACCGUAAGAAGGCCUUGUGGGCAUCCUGGGCCUCCAUCGCGGUGACGCUCAUACUGGCUGUGGCUGCAUUCACGGUUUCCAUCAUGAGACACAGUGCCUCAGCCUUUGGAUUUGCUUUUGAUGCUACGCUGGAUGUGCUGUCCUCUAUCAUUGUACUGUGGCGCUACAGCAAUGCAGCAGCUGUGCACUCCGCACAUAGAGAAUACAUAGCCUGUGUGAUCUUGGGGGUGGUGUUCAUCCUGUCCUCCGUGUGUAUCUUGGGCAAAGCGAUCCAUGACCUUGCCAUCAAGCUGCUUCCUGAAGUGGAUGACUUCCUGUUCAGUGUGUCCAUUGUCAGUGGGGUCACAUGUGCCAUACUGGCCGUCAUCAAGUUCAUGCUGGGCAAGGUACUGACCAGCAGGGCUCUCAUCACAGACGCAUUCAACUCCUUGGUGGGUGGGGUGAUGGGCUUUUCCAUCCUCAUCAACGCUGAGGUUUUCAAACACCACCCAACAGUGUGGUACCUGGAUGGGACAACAGGGAUCCUCAUUGGUCUCAUCAUCCUUGCCUAUGGAGUGAAGCUGCUGAUCGAUAUGGUCCCCCGGGUGAGACAGACCAGAAACUACGAGAGGUUUGAGUGAGAGAGAUUUAGGUGGGUGAAACAGCAGCAGGAGUUGGGUCUCCCUCUUUUCCCUACCCUUUGCAGACCUCCUACCAGAAAGACUCAGAGACCUUCAGAUACUGGUGGGAUUUCAGUUCAAAGCAAGCAUCCCAUUACUACAGCAUCCCUGUAUGUUCUUUAUCUCACUACCUUGUGUGCCCAUUAAUCAUAAACUGCUCCAAAAGCAAGAACGGAAUUCUUACCUCUGCAUCAUGACAUGAUGAACAUAAGGCAUGCUGGGGUCUAGUUUCUGGCAAAACAGCAACAGUGUUGAAAUCUAAAUGCAGCUACUCUUUGAUGGAUAUAGAGCCCAUUCUAUGAUAUUUAGCUACGGGACAAGUUGUCCUAGAUUGGCACAAAAGCAUCUGGAAAACUCAAUUCUGUUUUCUAUCUGUAAUUUUGUUUUCUUGCAUUCCAUCUUAAUGGAUAUUUAUUGACUUUCUCUAUAUGGCUCUAAUCCUUUCUUUGGUCUAAGUUUCCUCCAGGUCUUGGAAUGGAUGAAGGUUUUGUAUAUCAUGGCAAUUGUGUGAACUGGACAGUGGUGUGUAAUGGGAGAGCACAGUAUUUAGCGUAUUUUUGUAUUUUUGUAUUUUUGCUGAUGCUGGUGUCUAGAGAGGCGACUAUGAUUUAGAUUGGAGAGCAGGGCAGCCUGGUUAUGUUUAUAGUCUGGGGUCUGCUGCAUAGAGGCAGUACAGUGGUACAGCACAAAGUCCUAUUGCACAAGGCAUAUUACUGUAGCUGAAUAAAACACAAACAUCUCUUUAACAUCACUUGUGAGCUUGCUCAACCAAUAGUCCUGGAGGACCGAGUCUAUCUGAUUCAACUUAUUGAUGUCACUGAAUCCAUUUUUACCCUCAGUAGUGCAAAGAGUGCUGGAGGCCGUAAUUGAUUUGGUCCAGUAGGACCAACAUAGGCCUGCAAGAACAUUCCUAGUGUAGAAUUUAGCCUUGAAGGAGAACAUGUGGAAAGCCAUAAUUUUAGAGCACAGCACACUACUAUAACUAUAGGAUUUAUAAUCUGAAAAUAAAAAAAUUCCUAAUACGGGUAUAAUGUCGGCAGAAAUUUAGCUUUCUGAAAAUUCGCUAUAUUUUUUGCAUUCUAGUUUCCAGUGUGAACUGUAACUGGCAAGCUGUUUUUGGCAUCUCUGUUUCUUUGGUUCUGUUGUAUUCAUUCUCUUAUAUCCUUCCUUGGCUGCAGAGUGAGUGAAAAUAACAAUACUGUGACGCCUUCACACAAAGAAAAAAAAACGGAAUAUCUGUCGACAGUGAUUCGUGACGUACCGAAUACUUACAGUAUAUGAAUUAUAAGUAAUGAAAACACACAGAACAGUGUUUUUGUCAUCCAUGGAAGCACAUUAAAAUGUAAUUUACUUGGAGAGUCUCAUAUAUAUUUUAUUCAUUCCUUACACUACACGUCAGCAAUUCUAUGAAUGUGCCUCUGAUAUACCAUCAAGAUAUACUUGAGGCAGUACUGUGACCAAAAAAUGAUUCAGGAAACAAAUGAGGCAGUAGCUAUAGUUUAAAUGCACUGAGAAGGGAACAUGAUUUGGCUGCCAUUAGCUAUUGUUAUAUCCUUGUGAAAGGUACACAGAUUUAAUUGCUUCAGCCAUAUUUGCAUUGAAUGGAAUGGGCAAAGCUGUCACUGUAAAAAAAAGUCUAAUCAAAGACAACAGAAUAAGAAACACUCCUUAAUGUGUGUAGGAAGUCUCUACAAGAUCUUAGUGCUGCCAAUAUAUUUGUGUUGUAUACCUCUGUUGCACAAAGCAUCUACAGAGUUGUCAUUGAAAUGGGUUCCAGUUGUUGUGCCACUUUAGGGGUCCAUCUAGUUCACAAAAAUAUGUUUUAUAAAAUGUUCUAACUAUAAGUAACCUUAGAUGUCAGUAUGAAAUUCAGAACCUCUCAUAGGAAACCAACAUGAAACCUGAGCCAUUUGUAUAAAUGUUUGUAUGUCUUUUGCUUUGCCUUUUUUACUUCAGGUGUACGUUAAAUGGUGAGGUAACUGUGGAUGAAGCUAUAAUGUUCAGUAGGUGUCAGUGAGAACAUUUCCUUGUGCUUUUCAAAGGCAAAGAACAGCUCACUUUCAGAAUGUAUACAACAUUUCCUGGUUUACUAACUUGAUACCAGCACUGUUUGUAGAUUUUGUAUACUUGGAAUAUAUAAAUGAAGACAUAGACUGUAUUUACAUUGCUUACAUAGCUCUUUCUUUGUGUAGAAGCUUGUGAAGUCAAAGCAUUUUCAGUGUCACAGUGGGCCUGCUGAGACUCUUUCAAACUGGCAGAUCUUCUGAGUACUCUUCUUUUCUAAAUGGUAGAAUAUUUAUGAACUCUUCCUUUCCAUAAGGUAGAUCAUUUACAGACUCCUUUCUUUUUAAGCAAUUUGAUAAUUUAUGGACUCUUCCUUUCAAUGUGGUAGGUCAUUUAUGGCCUCUUCCUUUACAAGUGGCACAUCAUUUUCAAUUCCUCCUGUUCAAGCCCUUGAACGUUUGUGCAAUGAAGUCAGCAUUGCUGGUACCGCAGCGCAAAUGUGUUCUUUUUCUAUAAAGAGCUGUUGACAGCUGAUUUUUCCAACUCGUUUUCUGUCCAGCCCAAACACAUACAGCCCUUGUUUUAAAUAGUCCCCCUCACUGUUCUAUCACUAAUGUCUUUGCAAAAUGACAGCACAAUAUAACACAAACCAACAGCAAACUUUUACAGCAACAUUAUACACAUUAAUUUUACAGUCCCACUAGUCCUUUUUUAUAUUCCAGCCCAAAAAGUACAAAACAGAUUGAAUUAAUAAAACAUAUGAGUUGAAAUGGAAUUAAUGAAUUGAAGCACAAUCUUAGGCCUGAAAUGUACAUGAAUGAGAAGUCCAACCCAAGUGGCAUGAAUUUUAGUUGGAAUAUUAAUGGACUGAGACAGAAG